UGAGGCGACAUGAAAUUUAAUAAAGGUUUUAAUUUGAAUUGCAUCUUUUCAAAAAUUAUUAAAUUAAAAUCAGUGAGAGUGAAUAGUGAUAAAUUAUUUUGACCUAGGUUUCGCUUCAAAUCCUCCUAUACUAUAUCAAUCUUAACAUUGUUAUUACCAUUCCUUAUUUUAUUAAGAGGGAAAAGACUUCGUUAUUUUAAUAAUGACUUCAGCACUUUAUUUGGAGCAUUAUCUUGAUAGUCUCCAGCACUUGCCCAUAGAAUUACAAAGAAAUUUCAAGUUGAUGCGGGAUUUAGAUGAUAGAGCUCAUGGAUUAAUGAGGACAAUUGAUCUUAUGGCUGAUGAAUUACUGCCGAAUAUUCCUAAAAUGGACGAAGAAACGAAAAAAGAAAAAGUAAAUACAAUACAAGGGCUAUUUAAUAAAGCUAAGGAAUACGGUGACGAUAAGGUUCAGCUCGCAAUUCAAACAUAUGAGUUAGUGGACAAACACAUAAGGCGCCUUGACUCUGACCUCGCACGUUUCGAGUCCGAAAUUCAAGAGAAAGUCAUGAGUUCUCGGGCUGCGCAACAAGCUGCUAGUGAACAGGAAGUUACUCCAACAACUGUUAAGAAGGGCAGAAAGAAGAAUAAAAGUAGUGACAAGUCUGUUUCAUCGACGGGAAAGAAAAAACGCCAAGGUGCGUCGAGCGAAGAUGACGCCGUCGCGAGUGGUAGGUCGGCAGCGAAGAAGAAGGCUUCGAAGAAAGGUUCAGGAGGUUCAGCUAACCCAACUAAAGAACAAGAAGAAAGUGGUGACUUGGAUUCUGUGGCUGGCAUGACCCAUCCUAGUGAUGUUUUAGACAUGCCUGUUGAUCCAAAUGAACCCACAUAUUGUUUGUGUCAUCAAGUGUCCUAUGGUGAAAUGAUUGGAUGUGAUAACCCAGAUUGCCCCAUUGAAUGGUUCCACUUUGCAUGUGUUGACCUUAAAAUUAAACCUAAAGGUAAGUGGUAUUGUCCCAAAUGUACCCAGGAUAGAAAAAAGAAAUGAUCUACAAUAAAACCAUCAGUAAAGACAGAACCUAAAAUCUUAGCAAAAGGAGCUGCUGAAAAGACUGUUAGUGUAUAAAAUGAAAUUUAAUUACUUUACUUUAAUAUAUUAAUAUUAACUAUUAAGUAAGAUAUUAAAUUUAAGUUACUUAUGUGAUCAUGAAGUGUAAUAAUGCAAUAGACAAAACAUAUUCUAAGAAAUGAUUAUGUAUGUGAAAGGGAAUUACAUAAUGCUCUUUAGCAUUUCAGAUUUGACUUAACAGUCUGUUAUUUUUUAGUAAUUUAAAAAUGAUUUCUAUAAACUUGUCUUGAUUUGAAUUAUAUUAUUAAAAUUUACUAUUUAAAAGUUCUAAUGAGAUCAAUUUACUUUUAAAAUAAAGUCAUGUAUAUCAACAUCAUCAAAUGUUCAUUUAGUAAAGUAUAUACUAAUUAAAUAUUUGACUGAGUUUAAGUAAAACUACAGUUACAAUCUCUGGCACCUAUACUAUAGUCGACUUUCUUUUGACAAUAAUAUAUAUUUAUAAUAUGCAAGAGAUUCUAACAGCUUGUAAAAAUAAUUAGGUAAUCUAUGCCGGAUAUAUAAGUUAUGUAAAUAAAGAGAUGAAAUUUGUGUAAAUGUAUUGUCACAACUGACCUUGAAUAAAAUUAAUUUAUUUGAUAAAUUUAAUAAGUACAUUUGAGACUUAUAUUUAAGAAAUUUGACCAUCACAAUGACAAAAAUAUUGUAAAUACUGUUCAAUGAAGACAUUUUUAUAUCAUAUAUAAAACAUCAGUGGAAUAAUUACCUGUUAUAAUGUAUGUGAGGGUAUACAUUUUUGAUAUUAAAUUUUAAGUGUGCAUAUACUUUCAUAAGUAUUGUUUGUAUAAUAAUUAAUUUGUAAACAAUUAAUUCAAUUUAUUCCACUGUGUACAUGAAAUUUUAUGACUACAAAUGUUGUAAGUUUAAGCGUACCUGGCUGCUGAAAUUUUAAUUUGUAACAUUUUUAUAUAAGUAAUAUUCUUUUAAAUUUUUGUAUGUAGUGCAAAAAACAUAUUUUGCUAUUUGUAGUACAUAAAUUAUAUGAAAUCUUAUUCCACUAUAUGUUCUAUAGUUUAGUUAUCAUAUUUAUAUUAUGCUGGUUUUUAACAUGUGAUAAUUAAAUCUAAUUAAAGACCUGUCAAGUCAAUGAUUAAAUAUGAUUUGACAGCUCAUGAUUAGAUUUUUACUUGA